AGCCGAGCUUCGGCCAACUCUGGGGGGCGGGUGCUGGAGCGCAGCGCAGCGCAGCGCAGCCCUAUCCGUCCGCGGAGCGGACUGAACUGGAAGCCGAGCGCUGCCGCGGGAGGCGGGCGAUGGGGGCAGGUGCCGCCGGCUGCGCCAUGGACGGGCCGCGCCUGCUUUUGCUGCUGCUCCUGGGGGUGUCCCUUGGAGGUGCCAGAGAGUCGUGCCCCACGGACCUGUACACCCACAGCGGCGAGUGCUGCAAAGCCUGCAACCUGGGCGAGGGCGUGGCCCAGCCUUGCGGAGCCAACCAGACCGUGUGUGAGCCCUGCCUGGACAGCGUGACCUUUUCGGACGUGGUGAGCGCCACCGAGCCGUGUAAGCCGUGCACCGAGUGCGUGGGGCUGCAGAGCAUGUCGGCGCCGUGCGUGGAGGCCGACGAUGCCGUGUGCCGCUGCGCCUACGGCUACUACCAGGACGAGACGACCGGCCGCUGCGAGGCGUGCCGCGUGUGCGAGGCGGGCUCGGGACUCGUGUUCUCCUGCCAGGACAAGCAGAACACGGUGUGCGAGGAGUGCCCCGACGGCACCUACUCCGACGAGGCCAACCACGUGGACCCGUGCCUCCCCUGCACGGUGUGCGAGGACACCGAGCGCCAGCUGCGCGAGUGCACGCGCUGGGCCGACGCCGAGUGCGAGGAGAUCCCUGGCCGUUGGAUCACACGGGCCACGCCCCCGGAGGGCUCGUUCAGCACAGACCCCAGCACCCAAGAGCCCGAGGUACCUCCAGACCAAGAGCUCGUAACCAGCACAGUGUCCGAUGUGGUGACUACAGUGAUGGGCAGCUCCCAGCCUGUGGUGACCCGAGGUACCACCGACAACCUCAUCCCGGUCUAUUGCUCCAUCCUGGCUGCUGUGGUUGUGGGCCUCGUGGCCUACAUCGCCUUCAAGAGGUGGAACAGCUGCAAGCAGAACAAGCAAGGAGCCAACAGCCGGCCCGUGAACCAGACGCCCCCACCCGAGGGAGAAAAACUCCACAGCGACAGCGGCAUCUCCGUGGACAGCCAGAGCCUGCAUGACCAGCAGCCCCACACGCAGACGGCUGCAGGCCAGGCCCUCAAGGGUGAUGGAGGACUCUACAGCAGCCUGCCUCUGGCCAAGCGGGAGGAGGUGGAGAAGCUGCUCAAUGGCUCUGCGGGGGACACCUGGCGGCACCUGGCGGGCGAGCUGGGCUACCAGCCCGAGCACAUAGACUCCUUCACCCGCGAGGCCUGCCCAGUCCGCGCCCUGCUGGCUAGCUGGGCCACCCAGGACAGCGCCACACUUGACACCCUCCUGGCUGCUUUGCGCCGUAUCCAGCGAGCCGACAUCGUGGAGAGCCUGUGCAGCGAGUCCACGGCCACAUCCCCGGUGUGAGCCAGCCCGGGAGCCCCUGCCCUGCCCCCACAUUCCAAUGACUGAUGCUCCAGCCACCCUCACGGGCUGGCGGCAGAGCUACGCUCUUCUGGGCAGGGCCUCGGAGCCCGGGCCUCCGGACCACAGCCCCAUCGCUGCUCCUGUGUGGCCCCAUUGCUUCUGAUCACACUCCCUCUCCAGCGCCAGAAGUGCCCCUGCUGCCUCUCCCACCCUGCCCUGACCCAUCACCAUCCCAGGCCUCCUGCUCCCUUCCCUCCACACUUCGAAGGGGGCCAGCUCCUCCCACCUUAGCAGGUUAUCAUAUCUUGGGGGCUGACACCAGGGAUGGUGUUGCGGGCAUGACAAGGCCCCAGAGACUCAGAGGGAGAGACUGGGGAACCAGAGCCAUGGACUCUACACUGUGAACUUGGAGAACAGGGGAGCAUCAUUGUGGCCUGAAUCUCCCUCAGCUCCUCUCUCCCCUCCCCUGUGGCCUGAGAUGCAGAGGAUCAGGGGUUUGUCAGAGCUAGCAGGAGGUUUUGAAAUGUAGUUCACACCCCUUGCUUUUUGUACAGGUCAGUGAGGCCCAGAGAGAGGCAAUGACUUGCCCAAAGCCACCCAGCAAUCAGGGAGCCAAAUGUGGGCUGGCCUCCCCUCUCUGAAUGAGGGCCCUAGCCUUCAGCUUUGUUUGAGGGCUAGGAGAAGGGGGCCAGGUGACCCUCUAGGAAGUGUCUCGAAGCCAAACCCAGUCUCCCCUUCACCAUCUCCAGGCCUAUCCAGCCCCUGUGGAGAGGGAGUGAUCCACGCAAGGUCUGGUCCAUUGAUCCCUCAAGACCCAGGCAGGUUUGGGGUUUGUGGAAAGGGGUGCCACUUCCCUCUGUCCCCUUACGCAGGUCAGGGUGGCAUCCAUGAUGUGGCCCAGUCCGUAGGUACCCUCCAUCCCAGCACAGUCCCAGAGCUAACCCAGGCUGCAUCUUCCCCAAGAGUCAGCCCUAGGGGUCAGGGACUAACUAACUCCCCCACCUGCAACACAUGGAGUCACACACACACACACACACAGGAUGAGAAAUUUUGCUUUUCUCCAAGAGUUCUUUCUCUUGGGCUGGGACCGGAUCCUGCCCGGGGCCGCUGCCAGAGAAGCAUCGAAGGGAAUUGAACUCUGCUCGCAGUCCUCCCUCGCCCCCGGGUUUGGCGGGCCAAGGACGGCUGAGGCUUGAGCUGGCGCCUGUCUUCCAAGGGCCUGCUUGUGGAGGAAUGCUCCCCCUCCACCCCUUCCCUGCGAGCAGGGGCUGGGCCGGCCCGGAGGCCGCACUGAGGAAAAGUGGACCAGCGUGGGAACGCAGCAAGAAGGAGCUGAGUUAGACCCCAUAGAGGGUCUCUCUCAAGUUUGGAGGACCCUCCGAAGGACUGCUUUCCCCCUAGCUUGGUGCCAGAAAGGGGCCAUGAGGUCUCUCCUGGCCUGUUGUGUUUUGCUUGAUAUUGGAAUGAGUGUGCCCCACCCCCUCUAUUUAGCAUGAACGAGCCCUGAGCAGGGUGUGCACGGAUAGCCACCCCCUCCCCAGCCCAGGGUCCUCCCAGCCCUGCGUAAAGGACUGGGAACAUUGUAUGUAGAUGGCAUUUCUUUGACCUGGAUCUGUGAUGGGAGGAGGAAACUCACCUGCUGGCCCCUCACCUGUGCACCUGGGGAGUGGGACAGAGUCUGAGGUAUUUAUUUUCCUUCCCAGCAGCUGGGGAGAGGGUUGGGGGUUGCAAGUAUGUUUUAGCAUGUGUUUGGUUCUGGGGCCCCUCCUGUCUCCCUUUGGGCUGAGAUGGAACCCUUUUGCCCCCAACCCCAGCUGGGGGCUGUGAGCUCCAGACUCCAUGUCACCCUCCCUGUCACCUGCCCCUUGCAUCCUGUGUAAUCAUUUCUUGGGCCCUCCUGAAACCUACACAUAAAACAUAAACGAUGAGCAUUAAAUAGCAAAGAAAGAAAAA